GUGGAGGUCAUUGAGAGUAUGCAAAUGCAUUAGAGCUGUCCUUACUCUUGGUUCCGGCGCUGUAAAAUAAAAGUGAGAACAGGCCUUGGUAGCCUAGCCUGUAGGCGUUGAAGAUUCAUCCCCGGGAACCCAGCAAGUAACUUGGCGCGUUUUUGAGAAUUUUCGCUCGUCCCGCUCCACCGCGGGCGAAUUUUCCACAGGUAGGCUAGCGUAUUCAUAAUUCUUAUAUUUUAGACGAAUUCCCCGUAAUUCAUUCCAUAACCACAAAGUGAAAAAACAACGUAAUUUCUAGUACAAGCCUCGGUAUAGCUCUUAGAAAAACGUGCUUGUUUUUUUUUUUAACAGUUUAAGUUUAUGUUAUAUGAACGGGACUGCUAUAAAAAUGGAAAAGCUAGCUGUAAAGAUAUAAUUAAAAAAACGAAAAAAUCCUUUUUUGAAGGAGUGGCAAAAUAAAUACAUGCAAAGAUAAGCAAAAAAACUUUUCCAAUUCAAGUACAAAUGCCAAGCCGGUGUUGAAUUAUCGAGAUAUUGGUUAUUUCUGUUUUGAAAUAGUGGUGUUCGGGUUUUUCUUUGUGAUGCUCGCCGCUAAUAUAAAGUAAAAGAACCCGCGUAUUUCGCACUUUUGCACCUUGUGAAGACCUUAAGCUUGCCGCGCGAGAGGAAUUAAACGAUUUUAAUGGGUGAACAAAGAAGGACUUACCAGAGAAAAAACAUGUAAAGAAAAAUAUUUAAAAUGCUGUGCCUAUGUUAUGUAAAACUAAUAUUAAAAGGAAAACAUUCAUUUUGCACGAGUCGGCUUCUUUGGGGGAUACAAAGUAUGAUCCUCACGAUUUAAAAUAAAAGCAAGAUUGGGAAAUUUCGCUGAAGCUUUCCAUCGAGUUGUUGAAAAGAAUAUAAGCUCCAGCCAAAUUCAAUUUAAGUUUUUCUCAAAUAAAUUAGGAUUUAAUCAGCCGUAAAGGAGUCUUGCUCGAGUACUGAAGGGUUUAAUGUGACCGCGGUUUUGAUUAAUUUUUGACUUGAGAAAUUUGAAGUGGUAAAGAGAGCUCCGACAAAUCGGUGUGAAGCGGGGAUAUACUUAUUCCAGCUUCUGAACAAUCAACACCUCUUAAAUAUAAAUGCACAAAAACGUAACCCAAGCACUGGCAAAUUACGCAAAAAUAUAUUUAUCCUUAUGGCAUGGGGUUUUAGUACUGGAUAGAAGCAUUUUAAUGCUUCUUUAAAAAGAGUCAUUUUGCGGCACGUUCGUUGGGCUAAUUGUUAACUGUGUCCUGUGCCGGCAGUACUGACAGCUUGAGGGCAGAGUUAGUUAGCCAAUAAGCUGCUUUAAAAUAAGCCAUAAGCCAAUCAGCGCUCACCGGGCGGUUCUCAAACUGUAUUAGCCACAGUUUGAUUGCCAUUUAGAGCGGCGCAUCCUCAUAAAGGUAGAGCCGAUAGAGCUUGAGAGAGCCAACAGUGAGACGGCGCCAGCGGACAGUUGCCUGUUAUUGACUUUGAAUGACUUAACUGGUUAUUCGUCCUGUUUGAAAAAAAAAAUACACGAUUUUAUUCAGUGUAUCUUGUCUUGGUUAAUCACUCAGAGAAUUGAGAUCAGUAGAGAAAGUGAAAAAUGGGAACAAAACAAGGAAAAAUGCGAGAACCUUUGCUUGGCCAAUCAUGGAUCUCGCGCGAGGGGCCCGAAGGCGAUUGUGUGAUCGAGAAUGACACUACUACACACUCUUGCGCGGUUUCCACGAGCGCUUACGAAGAGCUCAGUCGUGCUCCCAGUUCACAUACAGCCGACUUCACGUACAAAGGAUACCCCGUCAACCUGGAAUGGCCUUUAGACUACGAAGAGAAAGAGCUUCCCAGCAAGAAAGACUUUUUUUAUGACGAUUUUCCAUUAGAAGUUGUUGAACUACCAGACCUCCCUGAUGGAAAAAACGUAGAGAUAUCAUUUGAAAGAGAAGGCUUGGUAGAAGCCUCCACACAGACAAAGCCACUAAAGCAGGAAACACCAGAGUGUGGGAUGUCCGUAAAAUCAGCCAGUUCUGACCACCAGGAGUGGUCGUACACCCUGUAUGACUUUGAAGGGCAAGGACAAGUAACACGAGAGGAUCUCAGAAACUUGGUCAAAUCUAUUUAUGAAGUUCUUGGGAAGAGUGUUAACAAUUCUCGAAAUCAACCAAAGGACCCUUUGAAAAAGCUGAGGGUAAGACUUUCUGUCUCUAAGGAGAGAGGAAAGAGGACCGAAGGGGAUGUCCCAUCAAGGCAUGAAUACACGAUCUCUGCAAUGGCAACAGAGAAUAAGGCUCCUAAGAAGAGUACCAGGACUUAUCACAUGGAAAGGUGUGACUCUAUGACUGUAAACCCGCCAUCUUUGGAGAACAUUCCCGACAAACGCAAGAUGGUGAGCUUGAUAAUGGAGCAGCCAGGUCCUACCAAUGGAAUCAACUGCCAGUCUCACCGGCAAAAAAUUUCUUGCAAAAGAAGCAGUGCAAAUCGGCCUGCCAAGCCAGCUGUCACUGCGGCCAAUACAGGAAACAUGGACACACCUGUGGUCAACGACAGGGGCAUGUAUAGUUGUCCCAAACGUAUGCAAACAGGACCUGGGGAAUGCAACCCUCCAAGCCCAAAGGAAACUAACGACUUGAGUCGUGUAAAGCAAUGGGUGGACCAACUUUGUGCAGCACAUGAAUUAGAAACUGUAACAAGGUCCAAACACAGGAAGUCCUAUCGGCAUACAUGCAGGCAGGGUGAGCCGAGGCACGACCUUCAUAGGUGCCCACAAUACCUUGAUCUUGCAACAGAUCACAUUACUUAUCCGUACCAUGUUGAGAGCCAGGCAUGUCUGUAUGGUGCAGCCUCACCCAAGCCUCACCGACGGCCAAAGAGGGGUCAUCACCACUCAUGCAAGUAUAGCAAGGAUGAGGUUAUGUGCCAAAGAACAAUAGUACAUAGACACGAACACCACCACAGCCACCACCAUUAUCAUCACUACGAAAAACAAGAACCUUCCAACAAGUGAUUUGACAGCACAAUGUUGUUUGUUGGAUAAACAGGAUUGUUUAUUUGAUAAACAUGCUUGAGUGUCAUGCAUUAUUUACUGAACGCAUGAUGGAAAUUUUUUUAAGUUAUUGUUAGGGUGUAAUUUAUUUUACAUAUGUGAGAGCUGCCUUCCCAUAAUAGCAGUUUAAAAGCAAAAGAGCAUGGACAAGAAAAAAGGCAAAUAGCAUUUGUUUUUUUUAGAUCACAAAUAUCACACAAUAGUUACAGUUAAUGGAAUUAUUAUUCUACUAUUUAUUAAUAUUGCCAGUCUAAUAUAUCCAAUAAUAAUUGCACCCUGUAGCCAUCAAAUAUAUUAUUGAGCAGAUAUCUUUGAUGACAUAUAUAGAGAAUCCUAUGAUUUAUGUACAUAGCCAAUUUUAUCAUAUAAUCAAUAUUUCUCAUAUUUCCAUUUGAUCACAACUUUUACUCGGCAUUUUAGAGAAUAUUAUUUAUAUCUCUCCUACUCCUGCUAGAGACUCUUCACAGGGAUGUUAUGAUAACAAUCUCUUCUUGGAAAUGUUUAUGCUCUCUGUGGUACAUUUUCUUAUAACAAAUAACCACAGUAAAAAGCAUUAAAAAUAACAUUUCCCUGUUCACAUUAGUCUUUUUCUAAAAGGUUGACAGUUUUAGUCAUUACAUGAUAAUCAUAUGUUCUGCAUACAAUAUAGCUCAACAAUAGAGCAUAUAGGAAAAAAAUUACCCACCAAAACUUAACUAUGACUUAUAUUCUAGAACAUUGAUUCUUUGCCACAUUAGAGGAUCCAGGGAGUACUCUUCUUGGUAAAAGUUUUUUUAAGAUAUGUCCUUGGAGUUAAAAUCCACCAAUUUAUUCUCAGGCAAUCUACACAAAAGGCAUGGAUGAUAUCAGUUAUAAUAACCAAAUUAAUAUUAUUUAUAUUGCUUCGUAUAGAGUACAUCUAGGUUCUUUGGUAGGAUAUUUGUAGCCUAUGCAAAGCAACAGUCUUGUUAUCCAUGUUCUUGUUGUGUGAUACGUAUAUUGUUGCCCAAUACUAUCCUCUUUAAACUGCCCCUCCCUCUAAUUGAGUGACUGGAUCCACAUCUGUGCAAUACCUAAUAACUUCAUUAUAAAUCAGUGGAGAGUUUUAUGCCAACGCAGCCUAUAUACUGGUAUUUUGUACAGGAGCCUUGUACAGAUAGUUUUAUUGAAAAAAGCCAUCAUACACUGCAAACAUCUAGACAUUUUGUAUCUCUCUCUGUACAAACACCCAAAGUUGAACUAGCAAUUUCUGUACCUGGUUCAUGACUUGUAAAUUAUAUUGUCAUAAUAAAUUUCAAUUAUAUAUUCAAA